AUGUCUGAAGCUCCAAGGCUGGAGGAGAUCACCAAAGCGCUCACCGGCCCGGGUCUGCAGCGGCGCACGCGGCGCCACCGCACCAUCUUCAGCGAGGAGCAGCUGCAGGCCCUGGAGGCGCUCUUCGUGCAGAACCAGUACCCCGACGUGGGCACGCGGGAGCGCCUGGCCGGCCGCAUCCGCCUGCGCGAGGAGCGCGUAGAGGUCUGGUUCAAGAACCGCCGGGCCAAGUGGCGACACCAGAAGCGCGCGUCAGCGUCCUCGAGGCUCCUACCCGGAGCCAAGAAACCACCCAAGGAGGGCUGUUGA